AAACUAAACGUAUGUGCACUCGCUUCGUAUAAUUCGGAAAUCAGCUUUAAUAAACAAAGUUUUUGCUUGAAAAAACGUAUAUUCCUUAUUUUUAUAUUCUUCCAGGCUUUUUCAAAGUGUCUUGCCUUAAAAUAUAUACGCGCGGAAGAGAAAAAAGGGAAAUUUGAAGUUAAGUCAGUAUCAGUGACAACUACUUAAAGAAAUAUACCAUAAAGAAAUACACAACGUGCAGUUUUUUCUGCAAACGGCUCAAGUAACGGUAAUCGUGGAUUAAGUACAUGCAACACUGAACCACCAUUAUCUAUCACCGAAGCGUGAAUCACUGUCUUUGGGCUAAACACCAAAUUUGAAGUGACAGCCACAACCAAGUAGAUGCACAAAUAACCCCACACAUGCAAGAAAAAAAGAUGUUGGAUGAAGUAAAGAAUGGCGAUGUCAACAAACAAACUGUGUCAAAGGAAGAGGAGGAGGACGAAUUCGAUGAAUCGGAAGCAAAUGAUCCCUUCCAGAAGAUUAUGGAGCGCGUCGGCAAUCACGGACGCUUCCAGCUCAUCUACAACAUGACAUUCGUGCUGGCUUUGGCCGCCGCCGGCUCGAUGGUAUAUAUGAAUAUCAUAUUGGCCCUCGACAUUCCGGAGCACUGGUGCACCGUGCCGGGGCAGGAGCUGACGAACUACUCGCUGGAUGAGUGGCGGCGUAUGACGUUGCCGACACAGAAGGAUAAUCGCGGCGCCAGCAAGCAUAGCAACUGCGAGAUGUAUAAUGCAAAUUUCACGGAAAUCGACGAUUGGCUGCGUUGGAAUAAAACCGAGACAAAUGUAACAGAUUGUCAGCAUGGCUGGAGCUACGAUCAGACGUGGUACGAGUCGACCAUACCGAGCAAGGAGAACUGGGUGUGCGCCAAGGAUUUGUAUGUGACGAACACAUUUGUUGUGGGACGUGUGACAGAAGUCAUCGGAUCAUUUGUGCUGGGACAAAUGGGUGAUGUUUUUGGCCGGCGCUUUAUCUACUACAUCAGCGUCGGCUGCUGCGCGCUGGGACGAUCGUUCUCCAUCAUAACCACCAAUGUCUAUUAUGUGUUCCUCUUCUGCACGGGAUUAACUGGCUUUGCGGUGAAUAGUUUGUUCCAAGCGCCACAGAUUGUUGGCAUGGAAAUAUCGAGAGAACAGGACCGCAGCAUCAUCGCCAUUUACCAAAGCGUUGGCUGGUCCAUUGGCACAUCGUUGAUGCCGCUGCUCUUCUGGUGGCUACGUGAUUGGGUUGCCUUCAUGUGGCUAACAACGAUACCGACCGCAAUAGUUUUAAUUUUCUUCAAAUACGUCAUUGAGUCGCCGCGCUGGUUGAUUAGCAAACACCGUUACGGCGAGGCGAUCACGCAAUUUAAGAAAAUUGCAAGAAUUAAUGGCCGCCAAUUCGACAUGACGGAGAAGGAGCUGGCGCAGAUGUACACCAACCGGCAGGUGGACGAAGUGACAUACGGCAUGGCGUCGCUCUUCAGCGGCUGGCAUCUGACACGCAACACAACCAUUAUGGGCUUCAGUUGGUGUGUUGUAGCGGUUUCUUACUUUACGCUGGUGCUGUUCAGCACGCGUAUGGGUGGCAACCCAUUUCUGAACUUCCUGCUGCAGAGCGUGGUGGAAAUACCCGCUUAUGUGCUCGGCAGAUACCUCGGUGAUACUUAUGGUCGUCGCUUCACGAACUCUUCCUCUUUCCUCAUCUCAUUCGUCGCCUGCAUACCGCUAAUUAUCUAUGCGGCAGAUAUCGAGUAUGAGAUGGUCAUGGUGUGCCUGGCCACAUUUAUCAAGUUCCUCAACGCGCUCACCUUCUUCACGGUCAAUCUGCAGAGCAUGGAGAUUUAUCCGACCUGCAUGCGUCAAACGGGCAUCGCGCUGGGCACGAUACUCGCGAAUGCGGUCGGCGUUUUUGCGCCAUAUCUCGUUUACUUGGGCACCACAGUGAACAUAAGAGCGCCCUACUACAUCCUUGGCACUCUAUUCUUCAUAGGCGGCAUUGGCGCGCUCUAUCUGCCCGAGACGCUGCACAAGAAGUUGCCCGACACAAUGGAAGAGGCGCGGCAUUUCGGCAAGCAUGACAAAUUCUUCAGUUUGCCGAAGGCGCCGCCGAAAGUGAAAGAGACGCGGCAAACUGCAGAGGAAGUUCGCCUCAAUCAAACAAAGUUUGCUCCCUAAAAUUACGCAACCAAAUUGUGGCUGUUGUUGUAGUGUAUGGGAAAUAUAAAGUUAUGUUAAGCUUUAUGCAGUAUUUUCACCAGGUGAAAUUAGUUUUUGUAUGAAAUGUGCAGUUGUGUGUUUUGUGUACUUUAAGCUGAACUUAGUCCUGUUAUAUUUACAAAUGUACAUGUGAUCUAUGAACUUAUGAGUUUUAAUAAUCGGAUAACGCAAAUGAUUGUAAAUAUGGGGAAAUAAAAAAUUGAAAAAUGUCACAUUAGUGAAAUUGAUAUUACCGAA